CACACGCUCAAGCUCAGUAGUAGAAUCCUCGCGCAGAGUUCCCACGAGCCGCAAAGAGAAGAGACGCUCACAAGAGUGUUCGAGACUUAUUUAUUCAACCCGAAAGGAUAUUUAUUCGCACUUUAUUCACGUUUGUGGAGACUCUUACGGAUCUAUGAGAACUUUGGAAAGGAUUUUAAAGCAGUUGUAACGCCGAGGCGGAGUUAUGAACCGUUUCUUGGUGAAAUUAGCGCUACUGACUGCAGCAUCGCUCGCGACGGUGGCACAAGGUCAAAGAUGCUCGGAGUAUUGUCACAAUGGAGGCAUAUGUGAGCUCAAGUCCCAUGGGGAGGCAUCGUGCAGAUGUCCAGCCGAUUUUGUCGGACCCCAGUGUCAGUUCCCGAAUCCGUGCAGCCCGUCACCGUGUCGUAACGGAGGCGCGUGCCGCGCUCGGACACAGGGGAAUGACGUGGAGGUGACCUGCGACUGCGUCCUGGGCUUUAGCGGUCCUCUCUGUAUAACACCUGUCAAUCACGCAUGCAUGAGCUCUCCGUGUCGCAAUGGAGGUACAUGCUCCCUCCUCACCCUGGAGACCUUCACCUGUCGCUGCCCACCUGGAUGGUCUGGAAAAACGUGCCAACAGGCCGACCCGUGCGCGUCGAACCCGUGUGCCAACGGCGGGCAGUGUUCAGCAUUUGAUUCUCACUACAUCUGCACCUGCCCUCCAAACUUCCACGGACAGACGUGUCUGCAUGACGUGAACGAAUGCGCCCUCUCCCCGUCCCCCUGUCGGAACGGAGGAACCUGUAUAAACGUGGUGGGCUCGUACCAUUGCAGGUGCCCACCCGAGUAUGCGGGCACACAGUGUGAGCGCUUGUACCACCCGUGCCUCCCCACACCGUGCAGGAACGGAGGAACUUGCUUACAAACCAGUGAUGUCACGUACACCUGCACCUGUCUGCCAGGGUUUACUGGUCAAACCUGUGAACACAAUGUUGAUGACUGCACCCAACAUGCCUGUGAGAAUGGCGGCAAAUGCAUAGACGGGGUCAACACUUACAACUGCCACUGUGACAAACAUUGGACCGGUCAGUACUGUACGGCGGACGUCGAUGAGUGUGAACUCUCCCCUAACGCGUGUCAGAACGGAGGAACGUGCCAUAACACCAUCGGCGGGUUCAACUGCGUCUGCGUGAACGGCUGGACGGGAGACGACUGCAGCGAGAACAUCGAUGACUGCGCCAGCGCGGCGUGCUCUCACGGCGCCACCUGCCACGACAGAGUGGCGUCUUUCUUCUGCGAGUGCCCGCACGGACGCACAGGUCUGCUGUGUCACCUCGAUGAUGCGUGCAUUAGUAACCCGUGUCAGAAGGGCUCAAACUGCGAUACCAACCCUGUGAGCGGGAAGGCCAUCUGCACGUGUCCGCCCGGGUACACGGGGUCUGCUUGCAGCCAGGAUAUUGACGAAUGCUCGCUCGGGGCAAACCCGUGUGAGCAUGGCGGACGAUGUCUCAACACCAAAGGCUCGUUUCAAUGCAAGUGUCUGCAAGGUUACGAAGGUCCGCGGUGUGAAAUGGACGUUAAUGAGUGCAAGUCAAACCCAUGUCAGAAUGAUGCCACCUGCCUCGAUCAAAUUGGUGGAUUUCACUGCAUUUGCAUGCCAGGUUACGAGGGGGUGUUUUGUCAAAUAAACGCUGACGAUUGCGCAUCGCAGCCCUGUCUCAACAACGGGAAGUGUGUGGACAAGAUCAACUCGUUUCACUGCGAAUGCCCCAAAGGGUUCUCUGGGAAUCUGUGUCAGGUGGAUGUGGACGAGUGCGCCAGUACACCCUGUAAAAAUGGCGGCAAGUGCACGGACGGACCCAACAAAUACACCUGUGAAUGCACUACAGGUUUCGCUGGUGCUCACUGCGAGUUGGACAUCAACGAGUGCGCAUCGAGUCCUUGUCAUUACGGCGUGUGUCGAGACGGCGUGGCCGCUUUCACCUGCGACUGUCGCCCGGGAUACACCGGCCGAUUAUGCGAGAGCAAUAUCAAUGAGUGCCUGAGUCAGCCCUGCCGAAACGGAGGCACCUGCCAGGACAGAGAGAAUGCGUACACCUGUUCCUGCCCCAAGGGAACCAUGGGAAUUAACUGUGAGAUAAACAUCGACGACUGUAAGAGUAAACCAUGUGACUACGGCAAGUGCAUCGACAAGAUCAACGGCUACGAGUGUGUUUGUGAACCCGGAUACACAGGUUCGAUGUGUAACAUCAACAUCAAUGACUGCGCAGAAAACCCUUGUCACAACGGUGGCACCUGCAUCGAUGGCGUAAACACCUUUACCUGUCACUGUCCUGAGGGUUACCGCGAUGCCACCUGCCUCUCUCAACACAACGAAUGUUCCAGCAACCCCUGUAUUCACGGCAACUGCCAGGACCAGAUCAACAGCUACAAAUGCGUGUGCGAGGCCGGCUGGAUGGGCCGCAACUGUGACAUCAACAUCAACGAGUGUCUGUCGAACCCGUGCGUGAACGGAGGGACCUGUAAGGACAUGACCAGCGGAUACGUUUGCACCUGCAGAGCCGGAUUCAGCGGUCCUAACUGCCAGACUAACAUUAAUGAGUGUGCAUCCAACCCUUGCCUGAACCAAGGCUCCUGUAUCGACGACGUGGCCGGCUUCAAAUGUAACUGCUUACUGCCUUACACAGGUGAUGUUUGUGAGAGCGUUUUGGCCCCAUGCGCUUCACGGCCCUGUAAGAACGGAGGUGCGUGUCGCGAAUCGGAGGAUUUUCGGAGUUUCUCGUGUGCCUGCCCGGCAGGUUGGCAAGGUCAGACGUGUGAGGUGGACAUUAAUGAGUGCGUGAGGAACCCGUGCACAAACGGAGGGGUUUGCGAGAACCUACGUGGUGGAUUCCAGUGUCACUGUAACCCUGGAUUUACGGGAGAUCACUGUGAGACCGAUACCGAUGACUGUACACCAAAUCCCUGCAGUAACGGUGGUAUCUGUCAGGACCGUGUGAAUGGUUUCGUGUGUGUGUGUUUGGCUGGUUUUCGUGGCGAACGCUGCACAGAAGACAUAGAUGAGUGCGUGAGCGCCCCCUGUCGUAACGGAGGCAACUGCACCGACUGCGUCAACAGUUACACCUGCAGCUGCCCGGCAGGAUUCAACGGCAUCAACUGUGAGAUCAACACACCUGACUGCACUGAGAGCUCUUGUUUCAAUGGUGGAACUUGUGUGGACGGCAUCAAUUCGUUCUCCUGCAUCUGUCUGCCGGGAUUUACCGGGAAUUACUGCCAGCACGACGUGAACGAGUGCGACUCGCGUCCGUGCCAAAACGGAGGCACCUGUCAGGACGGAUACGGCACCUAUAAAUGCACCUGCCCGCACGGCUACACGGGACAAAACUGCCAGAGUCUGGUUCGCUGGUGUGACUCUGUCCCAUGUAAGAACGGGGGCUCGUGUUGGCAGCAGGGGGCAUCGUUCACCUGUCAGUGUGCCAGCGGUUGGACGGGCAUCUACUGUGACGUCCCAAGCGUGAGCUGUGAGGUUGCUGCCCAACAGCAAGGAGUAUCUGUGGCCAUUCUGUGCCGAAAUGCCGGUCAGUGUGUUGAUGUUGGGAACACGCACCUGUGCAGGUGUCAGGCUGGAUACACGGGUAGUUACUGUCAGGAGCAGGUGGAUGAAUGCAUGCCAAAUCCUUGCCAAAACGGAGCCACCUGCACCGAUUACCUGGGCGGAUACAGCUGUGAGUGUGUUCCAGGAUAUCACGGAGUGAACUGCAGUAAGGAGAUAAACGAGUGUUUGUCCAAUCCCUGCCAGAACGGAGGAACGUGCAUUGACCUUGUCAACACGUACAAAUGUUCCUGCCCACGAGGAACGCAAGGAGUUCACUGUGAGAUCGACGUGGAUGACUGUUCCCCAGCCGCCGAUCCGUUAACCGGUGAGCUGCGGUGCUUCAACGGAGGCCGCUGCGUGGACCGCGUGGGUGGUUACGGGUGUUUGUGUCCGGCCGGUUUCGUGGGCGAACGCUGUGAAGGCGACGUCAACGAAUGUCUGUCUGAUCCUUGUGACCCUAACGGAUCUUACAACUGCGUCCAGCUCAACAACGACUUUCGGUGCGAGUGCCGUACGGGAUACACGGGCAAACGCUGUGAAACUGUGUUUAAUGGUUGCAAGGACACACCGUGUAAAAACGGAGGCACAUGUGCUGUGGCCAGUAACACGAAACACGGAUACAUCUGCAAGUGUCAGCCGGGCUACUCCGGUUCCUCCUGCGAAUACGAUGCGCAGGCCUGCGGCACUUUGCGAUGUCGCAACGGUGCCACGUGUGUGUCCGGGCACCUGAGCCCCCGCUGUCUCUGUCCGCCAGGCUUCAGCGGGCACGAGUGCCAGAUGCGAAUGGACUCGCCGUGCCUGACCAACCCCUGCUACAACGGGGGCACGUGCCAGGCGUUAAACGACGCUCCAUUUUUCCGCUGUUCUUGUCCGUCCAACUUCAACGGGCUGCUUUGCCACAUCCUCGACUAUUCCUUCAAAGGAGGUCAGGGGAGGGACAUAGCUCCGCCUCCUGAGGUGGAGAUCAGGUGCGAAGUUGCUCAAUGCGAAGGAAGAGGCGGGAACGCAAUCUGCGAUACACAGUGCAACAAUCACGCGUGUGGCUGGGACGGCGGCGACUGCUCUCUGAAUUUUGACGACCCGUGGCAGAACUGUAGCGCCGCCCUGCAGUGCUGGAGGUAUUUUAAUGAUGGAAAGUGCGACGAGCAGUGCGCCAACGCUGGCUGCCUUUAUGACGGAUUCGACUGUCAAAGACUGGAGGGCCAGUGCAAUCCCCUGUAUGAUCAGUACUGCAAAGAUCACUAUGCAGACGGCCACUGCGAUCAAGGCUGUAACAAUGCCGAAUGCGAAUGGGACGGUCUCGAUUGUGCCGAUGACAUCCCUAAGAAACUCGCCGUGGGAAGUCUUGUUCUAGUGGUGCACAUCUCACCUGAUGAGCUUCGCAACCGAUCCUCAUCGUUCCUGCGCGAGCUGAGCGGACUGCUGCACACCAACGUGGUCUUCCGACGCGACGCUAACGGAGAGUCGCUGAUAUUCCCGUACUAUGGUAAUGAGCAUGAGCUAAGCAAACACAAACGCGCCGACUGGACUGACCCCGCCCAGCUGCUGCAGCGUGCCAGGAGGAGCCUGAAAUCAUUUAUGAAGACCCGCCUGCGACGAGAACUGGAUCAAAUGGAGAUCAAAGGGUCGAUUGUCUAUUUAGAAAUUGACAACCGUCAAUGUUAUCAGCAGUCCGAUGAGUGUUUCCAGAGCGCGACAGAUGUGGCAGCGUUCCUCGGAGCGUUAGCUUCUAGUGGGAAUCUCAAUGUUCCUUACGUCAUUGAAGCCGUCACCAGUGAGGAUGAACCUCGAAACACUGGUGAGAUGUACCACAUGUUCCUCGUGCUUCUUGCCCUGGCCGUUCUGGCCCUGGUCGCCGUGGGCGUCGUGGUCUCCAGAAAGCGCAAGCGGGAACACGGGCAGCUUUGGUUUCCUGAGGGAUUUAAAGUCACCGAACCCAAAAAGAAGCGAAGGGAACCGGUUGGAGAAGAUUCUGUGGGACUCAAGCCUCUGAAGAACUCGGACAGCUCUUUGAUGGACCAACAGCUGAGUGAUUGGGCAGACGAUGACACCUCUAAGCGAUUCAAGUACGAGGAGCAGUCCAUUCUGGACAUGACGGGUCAGUUGGAUCAUCGGCAGUGGACGCAGCAGCACCUAGACGCCGCGGAUUUGCGCUUGAACUCCAUGGCUCCUACUCCUCCGCAAGGCGAGAUUGAGAACGACUGCAUGGACGUCAAUGUUCGCGGGCCUGACGGCUUUACUCCACUGAUGAUCGCGUCGUGCAGCGGCGGCGGACUCGAAAAUGGAAAUGAGGAGACGGAAGAUGAUCCGUCCGCCGAUGUCAUCACCGACUUCAUCUGUCACGGGGCCAACCUGCACAAUCAAACUGAUCGGACCGGAGAGACGGCGUUGCACCUGGCCGCACGUUACGCACGUUCUGAUGCGGCCAAACGUCUACUGGAAUCUUGCGCUGACGCUAAUGUUCAGGACAACAUGGGCCGCACGCCUCUGCACGCUGCCGUUGCGGCUGACGCCCAGGGUGUCUUCCAGAUUCUGAUAAGGAACCGAGCAACAGAUCUGGACGCCCGUAUGCAUGAUGGAACGACCCCGCUGAUUCUGGCCACCCGAUUGGCUGUUGAAGGAAUGGUGGAGGAACUCAUAAACUCACACGCUGAUCCAAACGCUGUUGAUGAUUCAGGAAAAUCAGCUCUUCAUUGGGCGGCUGCUGUUAAUAACUUGGACGCUGCUGUUGUUCUUCUGAAGAACGGAGCAAAUAAAGAUCUACAAAAUAACAAGGAAGAGACGCCCCUAUUUCUGGCAGCACGUGAGGGCAGUUACGAGACCGCCAAAGUCCUGCUUGAACACAUGGCCAAUCGUGACAUCGCGGAUCAUCUGGACCUGCUUCCAAGAGACAUCGCUCAGGAGCGCAUGCACCACGACAUCGUCCGCCUGUUAGAAGAAUACAACCUGGUCCGCAGCCCACCUCUGCCCCUGUCGCCACCCCUCUGCUCUCCCAACAACUACCUGGGCAUCAAACCCAGCCCGGGCAACAAUAACACCACGGGCAAGAAGGUGCGCAAACCCGGAGGUAAAGGUACGGGAGGCAAGGAUGGAGGAAAAGAGAUGAGAACUAAAAAGAAGAAAAACGGAGAUGGUAAAACCAGCGGGAUCAUGGAGGUGGGCGUCCUCUCGCCCGUCGAUUCGUUGGAAUCGCCACACGGUUACCUGUCGGACGUCUCUUCGCCGCCCAUGAUGACGUCACCCUUCCAACAGUCCCCGCCCAUCACGUUAAAUCAACUCCAAGGGAUGGCCGACUCUCACAUGGGCGGAGCUCGCCAGAAUAUAGGCAAGCCGUUCGACUCCGCCCCUCCUCGGUUAUCCCAUCUACCGGUGGCUAAUAAUGUGGCUCAAGCAGGGGCGUGCGAUUGGCUGCAGAGGGUGCAACAACAACAACAGCAGACGGGGUUCACGGCCCUCAUAUCCACAAUGCACCCCGGCUCCAACAUGCCUCAAGUAAUGGGUUAUCCCACAAUGCAAAGCAGCCACAUCGGCGCAGCAUCUCACAUGCUGUCCAACCACGCCCACCAGAGUCUCGCGAACAUGCAGCACCAAAACUCCACAUCUGGACACAUCCUCUCGCACCACUUCUUGGGAGACCUGAGCGGGCUGGAUCUUCAGUCCGCCCCCAUCCAGACCAUCCUACCACAGGAAACCCAACGCAUGGCUCCCAUGUCUAGCACGCAAUUUUUAACCCCACCUUCUCAACACAGUUAUUCCAACCCGAUGGACAACACCCCCAACCAUCAGCCGCAGGUCCCAGACCAUCCUUUCCUUACGCCGUCCCCGGGCUCUCCUGACCAAUGGUCUAGCUCGUCUCCACAUUCCAUGUCUGAUUGGUCAGAGGGAAUCUCGAGCCCGCCCACCAGUAUGCAGAUGAAUCAUAUCCCAGAAGCUUUUAAAUAGAUGGGACGUGGCAUCGAGAAGCUAUUUUUAAAAGGACUGAAUUGGAAACAAUUUUAUAUAAAUACUAAGGACUGUUUUUUUUAAUUUUUUGGUAUUUAUUUAUGUGCUUUUUUGGACUACAGAUGUAAAAGAUCUUUUUUAUUUAUUCUGUUUAUUUUUAUUUUCACCUUUAACUGCUUUGAAAAUAUGAUUUAUGAAUGCUGUACAAAAAUAGUUGUUAAAAACAUUCUUUGGUUGUUUUUGUAUUAUUAUUAAAGUUUCAGUAUUAAUUAGAUUUAUAUGGUCCUUUUUUACUGAACAUUUCAAGUGUAGAGAAAGUCUUAAUGUUAUGGUUUAAUGCUUGGAUGUAUUGAUACAAAUAUGCACACGCACACUUGGAUUUGCCGUCUAUGAAUGCGUUUAUGUUCAUGUAAGAUGAGUUUUGACUGGGUUAUGUUAUCAAGUAUCGUCUGUAGACACUGAACACGAGCCGUCGUAAAGGUUUGUGACAGAACUGAUUCCCAUGGUACCUCGCCUUAGGUGUUUUGGGUAACGGUUUCCUUAUGUAGCGCAGCCAUCACUGUUAUUUAUUGCCUGCUGUAGACGUGUAGUACAUGUUCUUCACUUGUAAAUGCGCGCGUGUGUGUGUGUGUGAGAGAGAGAGAGAGAAAGAGAUAAAAUAGUGCCAGAUAAAAGAGUGCUGGUGUGUGUACAAGUGUUCUCGUAUGGUGAUAUCAUCGGUGCUUAUAAGGUUUGAAUGGCUUCAGACCUGUUAUGCUGAUCAAAUGUUGUAAUGUUCCUGUUGAUAUGAAAUAUGCUUGUAUUAAAAAUGUGAUUUUGUAAAGUACCUUUUCUUGACACAAUAAAAAGCACCUUUUGGUGAUGCUACUUUGAAGA